CUUCCAACAAUUGGCAACAUGGCUGCGCUCUUGCAUCGGAUAGCUGCUCGUCGGCUGGGAAAUAAAUUUCAGUUUUGGAAUGAAAUUUAUCAAGCUAACAGAAUUUUCGGGGAAAGCAAACCACUGAGCUGUUCUGCUUUACAGUUAAACUCUUAUAAUUGCCAGGAAUGGACUCGCCAAAGCCCCAUUCUGAAGUCACGGACCAGCACAGCUAAAAGGCAGUGGAGAGAGUCGAGAAGAAACUACAGCACAGGUUCUGAGGCAGAACCAUUCCCCAAAGAACCAAUCCAGCCGUACAAGCUUAUAGAAAGGGAUCUACAAUCUCUCCAUCCUAGUAUACGACAGGAGCUGUGUGGAAGUUGUCCAGAGCUGACAGAAGCAGCCCAGUAUUAUUUUGAUGGAAAGGGCAAGUCUUUCAGGCCGAUGAUAGUACUACUCAUGUCUAAAGUGUGCAAUCUUCAUAAUUCUUCAAAUGAUAGGAUAACUGAUUCUCAGAGGCAGAUAGCGAUGAUAACAGAGAUGAUUCACACUGCCAGUCUGAUGCACGAUGAUGUGAUCGAUGCAGCAGAUACUAGGAGAGGAAAAACAUCAAUCAAUGAACAAUUUGGGCAGAGAAAAUCUAUACUUGCAGGUGACUUUGUGCUUUCUAUAUCAUCACAAGCCCUUGCUAGGAUAGGUGAUCCAGACAUUGUCAUUGUUCUUUCAACUGUUAUAGAGGAUUUAGUCAAAGGUGAAUUCAUGCAACUUGGAUCUAAAGAUAACGAGAAUGAGAGAUUUUCCCACUACCUCACAAAAACAUACAAGAAGACUGCCAGCCUCAUGGCUCACAGCUGUAAAGCAGUAGCAAUGUUAGCAGGCAGCAGCCAAGACGUGUGUGAGAUUGCUUAUCAGUAUGGGCGUAACAUCGGCAUGGCAUUCCAACUUGUUGACGAUAUCUUAGAUUUUGUAUCCUGCGAUGAUACGAUGGGCAAACCUACCUCGGCAGACCUCAAGCUAGGUCUCGCAACAGCUCCCGUCCUAUUUGCAGCUGAAAAGUAUCCUGAGCUAAAUGAUAUGAUCAUGAGGAGGUUCAGCCGUACUGGGGAUGUAGAGAUGGCCAGAAAAGCAGUAGCAAACACGGAUAGUAUCCAACAGUCGCGUUUCUUGGCUGAGCAGCACAGCAGAGAAGCAGUGAAACAGAUCGAGAAGCUGACAAACUGUGCCGAGAGACAAGCACUUAUCUACUUAACUCAGGAAGUCUUAUCCAGGCAUAAAUAAUGUCGUCCUUUAAUCUUUUGAAGUUUUGAGAGGCUAACCGUGCAUAAGCACAAAAUGUGUUCAGAGAUGGGCCUUUCGCAAUGUAGGUUGUCAGAAAUUGAAGUUCUAACACUGUGAACGUCCCUAUAAGGUACAGUGCUUUCACAAGCAAUAGCGCCAUCUAGUGUUCAGUCAGUUUUGCAUCAUGCAUUAUUGCACAGAGACAAGCAUAUCUGCCAGAGCAGUGUAUUACAUUCCCUAUAAUAUCAGGGGGUUUGUAUAGUGAGAAAUUCUGCUGGCGAAGGUUUGGAAAGUUGACCUGAGGCUAUGGUUGCGCUGAUGUUAGAAAGAGAUCAAGGCUUGCUGGCCUUGCUUUUAAUGUUUUGGUAUUUUCAAUCAGUUGCUAGCUGUUUGAUGUGCUGAACCGAUUGAAUGAGUCUGUGAGGAAAAAAAUGUCCUGCGUGUGCUGGCCAUGUUAAUUCUGAUUUAAUAAUUUUGACAAAAUUAGCAGAGAAAUGACUGAAUUAUGACUCCAUAAAACAAAACUCAUUUAACGAUUGUACAUAAUGGUCGGUGUAAUCAUCCGUGUACUUCUGCAAUCAAUUGCUAGACUUUGUGUUGGUCCUGGGGCCCGUUGCAGAAAGAUUUGCAAUCAAACACAACUUCAAAAAUCAUGCGCAACUUGAUUUUCAAUCAAUCAACAGCGCGCAUUUGGGACUUGCGAUUGAUAUUUUGACUUGCGUUUAAACGCAACUCUUUCUGCAACGGACCCCUGGUGUCUCUUUUGUUCUAUCUCGAGAAAGUCCUGUUGGAUAUUUAGAUCUGAAGACUUAUUCAGUUAUUCAUUAGGGGGAAAAAAGAGAGAGUAGAGACAAGAAUCAAUGUGUAUGGGAUGUAGCCAGUGAAUCACUGCAUGAUGUUGCUUCUGUGAAGCUUGUAUGAAUUCUAAAUGAUUCUCCUUUCUGCUGUGAAACUUGAUGAUGCAGUUAUGAAGUGCAGUUAUAAAGUAUUGUUGUAUCCACUCUUCACAGUGCGAAAGGUGCUAAUCGUCAUCAUUACCCUGGCUGUUGCCUGGGGGCUAACGUGGCUCAUGAGCAUUUCAAGAAAUGAAUAUUCCUGCCAAGUAUCCAUGUACUAAACCUGGGUCAGAUGCAGCUCAUUUUGGAUAAAUUAACUAUGCCUUACAAUGUCUUGGAACCAUGAAAAUGUCUUUUUUGUAAGAAGAAUACUCUUGUGUCCCAAGAAAUAAAAGAAAAAAAAACACAAAACACUGAAUAAAUCAUCAACAAUUGGGACCUUGGGGUGUUUCACAAAGAUUUAAGUAUGACUUAGAGUCGCACUUAAAAUGUCUAGUUGCGUGCGGUAUAAAUGAUAAUAAUAAUAAUAAUGGUAUAUUUACCCAGGGUAGCCACUUAUUAUUAUAAAUAAUAACGGUAUAUUUACCCAGGGUAGCCACAUAAAAGGCAUGACCGCAUUGGUCAGAUAAUGCCAAGAGGAUGCGCACUACUGCCUAUUAAUUAGUAAGAUUGCACGUUUCAUAUCGUGUACACGUUGACAUUUAAGUGUGACUCAUACUUAAAUCUUUGUGAAACACCCCCCGGGAAAUAUCCCUUGUUGAAUCAGGAACAUUGUUUCAAUCAGGUUUCUUUACUGUACUGAGCUUUCGUUGUAUCACAUGUCAUUUCCUAUAAAGAGGAAACUGAUUUUAAAAUAAAAGGUGAAUUAUAUUUAUAAA